GCAGCCAUGGCCGCCAGGGCCGCCCGGCAGCGGCCGAGGCCCGGCGGGGAGGCGGCCAGGCCGCGCGACGAGCCCCCGACCCCGCCACACGCGCCGGAGGCCGAGGCGGAGGCCGAGCCGCGGGCUGAGUUUCCCGGAAAUAAAGCCGGACAGGUCUGGGCCCCCGAGGGCUCCACCGCUUUCAAGUGUCUGAUCUCCGCCAGGUUCUGCGCUGCCCUCUUAAGUAACAUCUCCGACUGCGAUGAAACCUUCAAUUACUGGGAACCGGUGCACUACCUCGUCUAUGGGAAGGGGUUCCAGACAUGGGAGUACUCUCCAGCCUACGCCAUCCGCUCCUACGCUUACCUGUGGCUUCAUGCCUUGCCCGGCGCCUUUCAUGCCAAAGUCUUACAAACCAACAAGGUGCUUGUCUUUUACUUUUUACGCUGCCUCCUGGCUUUUGUGAGCUGUGUCUGUGAACUUUACUUUUAUAAGGCCGUGUGCAAGAAGUUUGGGCUGCAUGUGAGUCGGCUGAUGUUGGCUUUCUUAGUGCUCAGCACCGGGAUGUUCUGCUCAGCAGCGGCCUUCUUGCCCAGCAGCUUCUGUAUGUACACCACAGUGGUCGCGAUGGCCGGCUGGUUCAUGGACAAGACCCCCGUGGCCGUGCUGGCCGUGGCGGCCGGGGCCAUCCUGGGUUGGCCCUUCAGCGCGGCUCUCGGGAUACCCAUUGCCUUUGAUCUGCUGAUCCUGAAACGUGAAUGGAAAAGCUUCCUCUACUGGUCUGUGGUGGCCCUCAUACUCUUCCUGGUCCCUAUGGUGAUUGUCGACAGCUAUUACUACGGGAAGCUGGUCAUCGCUCCUCUGAACAUCGUCCUGUAUAACGUCUUCACAUCCCACGGGCCGGACCUUUACGGCACCGAGCCCUGGUACUUCUAUCUAAUUAAUGGGUUUCUGAAUUUCAACGUGGCUUUUGUAUUGGCCCUCCUGGCCCUGCCCCUGACCUCGCUCAUGGAGUUCCUGCUGCAGAGGUUUCACGUCCAGAAUUUGGGCCGCCCCUACUGGCUGACCCUGGCCCCCAUGUACAUCUGGAUGGCGGUUUUCGUGGCUCAGCCUCACAAAGAGGAGAGGUUCCUGUUCCCCGUCUACCCCCUCAUCUGCCUCUGCGGCGCCUUGGCUCUCUCAGCGCUUCAGAAAUGCUACCACUUUGCGUUUCGGCGCUACCGCCUGGAGCAUUACACCGUGUCCUCCAAUUGGCUGGCCCUGGGGACCGUGCUCCUCUUCGGGCUCCUGUCCUUGUCUCGCUCGGUGGCGCUCUUCAGAGGUUACCACGGGCCCCUGGACCUAUACCCCGAAUUCCACCACAUCGCGACGGACCCGGCCGUCCACACGGUCCCCGAGGGCAGGCCGGUGAACGUCUGCGUGGGGAAAGAGUGGUACCGCUUUCCCAGCAGCUUCCUCUUGCCCGAGAACUGGCACCUGCAGUUCAUCCCGUCGGAGUUCAGGGGCCAGUUACCGAAACCGUUCGCCGAGGGGCCCCUGGCCACGCGAACCGUCCCCGCCGACAUGAACGACCAGAACCGAGAAGAGCCAUCCCGAUAUGUCGACCUGAGCAAGUGCCACUACGUGGUGGAUCUGGACAGGGUCACGGAGACGGCCCGUGAGCCCAGGUUCUCGGCCCACCGGGAGGACUGGCUCAGCCUCGCCCACAGACCGUUCCUGGACGCUUCCAGGUCUUCCAGGUUCCUGCGGGCGUUCUACGUACCCUUCCUGUCAGAGAGGCACACGGUGUUCACCAACUACACCAUCUUCAAGCCGCGCCGGGCCAAGCAGGCCCGCAGGAGAGCCUCAGGGUAGCGGCCCUGGGCCCCGGGGCCCCGCUAGUCGCCACCUGGCACUUCCCUCCCCGGUCCCGGUGCCCAGCUACCCCGGCCCUCAGGAAGUCCAUUCCCCACUCUGUUUUCGUGGGCCUGCGCCUCCUCUGCUGGAAGAGCGGGCUGGUCCCGGGCAGGAAGGGGCAGGGGGAGCUGGUCUCCGGGAGAAGGAAGAAGAGCAAGAGGACACAAGGCAACAGAGACUCUCCUUGGUCCAGACAUCGCUCCCUCCCAGCUGGGCCCCAGGGAAUGGCCAGCUCCCCCCUGGCUGCCCCUUCCGCCGCCUCCUUCCAGACCGGACCGGUGGGGCCGGCGGGGCGAUCCACCCUCUCAUCCCACCGCCGCCUGAGGGACCAAGACCGGACCCGGCCAGUAGUGGCAUUGUGGCUUCCAGUUCCGCUCUCUCUCACCCUGGCAGUACCUCCCCUUCCACCCCCACCACAGACACACCGUCUUGGGAAUCUCACGCUCUCCAGAUUCCUGAUGGACGUUUCCUCCGAGUCUGGGCCCGGCCGCUUCCGGAGCGGCAGCGGGGCCCCUCGAGUGCUGGAUUUGCUCCGUACCCCUGGGGCGCAUCGGAGGACGUCAGGGUAGCGCCAGCGGUCACGUGGGCCAAAACGGCCUCUCGCCAACCUCCUGAACAAUUGUUGGGGCAGGGGAAGCACGGCGAGCAGACCUGCUGCCCCCCUGCCACCCAUCUCCCGCCUUCCCGCUCGAGUGUGGAGGGCUCCGACACUAAGAUUGGUCCCCGCCCCGGCUAUGGCCUCGGAAAGCACAAGGUGACUUUUGCGCCAAGGUGUCCGAUGCCCCAUUGACACCUGUGCCGGAUGGGCUCCGGGGCAGGUGAUCCGAAACCCAGGGUCCCUCAUUCCCGCUCUCAAAAAGGAGCUGGGACCCUGUGGUCCUGGCCAGGCACCCCCUGGGCCGACCUCAGACUCCCCACGUGGCAGUCUGGGCCUCCCCUCGGACGCCCAUCUUGUCUGCCGGGAAGAUCUGCUCCGUCUUUUGAAGGAGGCUGAGAGUCUUUAGGCAGGUGGGGGUCGCCCGGGGCUUUGGCCUCUGGGAAUGGGAAUGGCAGGGCGGCGACUCCUUCUGAGAGAAAGGUUCGAGUGUCUGCCGUAUGUCCAUCUGUGUGCAGGUGAGUGCCGGUGUGUGUGUCUGGGCCCUGCCCGCCUUCAGGGCCCGGGGCCGGUGUGUUGCGUGGACUCGCCUGGGGCUGGCCAACGGGGAACUGCCUCGGGCCAGUCGGCGAAUCUCGCCGGCCUCCCCUGGGUGAGGCACGGGUCAAGCCGCCGGGCAAGAGCGGAUGGGCGGCAGUGAAGCCGGGAAGCUGCUCUGGGCUGUCGUGCCCGGCCUGGCCCGGGCUUUGAUGGCAGCCUGCCCCCCGACUCAGCGCGGUGUUUACAUUCCCGGGUGUUUACUGUGCGGGGAAGCCCAAUAAAAGCUAUUUGGCUUUAGACGUGA